AUGGAGAUGACAAAGGGUAAACUUCGGACCCUCUCUAAGAGUUGGGAGAUACAAAGUAUUUCCGAGAUGAUCGUUGAAAAGACCAAAAAACCAACCUAUACCGAUCCAUAUCUCUUACGGCGGAGGUUCCGGAAAUUUUAUCACGACGAAGAAGCCACUGACUUAACAGUCGUUGUCGGCCGAACCAAAACCCAUUUCAACCUCCACAAAACCAUCGUUUGCAGUUGUUCAGGGUUCUUCAACGGGGCUAGUCAAGACCACUGGAGCCAGACGCGGCUCACAGGGGUAUGGCUAAAACAUAUCGAAGUUGUGGUUUUUGAAAUAAUCGCUUUGUGGAUUUACGGCCACGGAUAUAUGUUCCCCGGUGCGCCGCUCGGUCGACGUCUCGUUAAAGACACGUAUAUCGCAGCCGACUACCUCCUCAUGCCUGAACUGAAAGCCCAUAUAAUCUGGGCAGCGAAGGGUUUCUGGACUAAAGAGAUGUUAAAAACUGGCGGUGAAAUCCGCUACGAUAACGAUCCAUACGAUCUCUUCCGAACGCUUUGUGCGUAUUCGCAUACCCGUUCGAGGCAUUCUUCUGAAUUUGAAGGAUUAAGAAGUUGUGCGGUAGUUAUUAUUCGAGGUUUUGGAUCUCACCGUGUUGGAGUUCCGAAGUUUAAGAAUGUUGAGGAUGAUAAGGAUGAUGAUAGUGAUGGUGAUGAUGAUGAUGAUCAUACCCGUGGGGUUGCUAAGAUGUUUGAGCUCUUGAUUGAGGCCUAUGAUGACUUGAUCAGGGCCGCGAUAUGUACUGAUUGUUAUCCGCAGUGGGAGAUUCAUGCUCAGUCUAGAUAUAGGUGUAGUAGCGUUAAGUGUCGCAGUGCGAAGGAGUUAUUGGCGCUGACUCCUGAUAAGAAUCCGUUUAACUCACGUCUCGAUUGA